CACUUUGCUGUCUGACGUGGCUUAUAGGGACCCUUCCCUCAGGGAUGAGGUCCUCACUGUUCCUCAUCAUUUGACACUAGCAAAACGUGAGCAGUUUGGUGAUGAACAAGUCACCUCAGACCAACUUCAUUUUUCUGCCUGGAUUCCCCAAGACUGGAAGCGGGGGAAGUGAGAGGGACUCGGUCUGGGUGCUCUUCAUCAGGGCCUGGACCACGCCUCUCCUGACAUCCUUGGUCAGCAGUGUAGCCGAGGGCAGGGUUUGCAGAGCCACCUGAAGGACCACCCCAGGGGCACCCGGCAGGAGUCUCUGGUUGCCUGCCCCCUGCGGUGGAAGCUGAACAGCUAGGACCAGCCAGGACCGGGGAUGAAAAUCCUGAAAGCAAGUCAGUCUCGUCUGUAGACGAUUUGGAUGCCAAGCUGGGAAUCGAGGACCCUCGCGGUGAACUAAAGCUUAUGCCCUGAGCUUUUGUGGGGCUCAGUGACAGGCAAAAAAGUAACAGCCCUGCGGGUGGAGGGGCACAGCUUGAGGCAGCAUGUGUGAGAGACACUUAAGGAUUUCAUUUCUCUGUGAGUUCAUGGAGCCAGCAGUGUGAAGGGCUGCUGGAAAGCCAGUGUCACGUCCACAGACGUCUGGGGUCCGUGCUGAGUCUGGUGAUUACUCGGAGAUCCCCAGCAUCCCUGGAAUAGUAGUGUGUUUUGUCUGAACACUGCAGUUGGAGAUGGCUUCUUACACACUGAGCUACAGUGAAGUCAGGCAGGCCGUCAGCAAGGACUUGAAUCAUAAGGAACGGAUGGAAAGAACCAGGGGUGUUGAGCUGUGAAGAGAGAUUGGGGGCCUGUCACCUGUUUCCAGAGUUAGGCCUGUGGACCAGCCAGAGAGGGAGGGUUCUGUCCGCAGAAGGUCUGUUGCCUGACCCCUCGGCAGAGCUUCCGUGCAGGGGGUUAUGGAUCAGAUUUUAGAGGCGCUUUUGCAGGUUUUGCAUGUCCUUUUGGGAAUGUGCCAGGCCUUGGAGAUUCAAGAGAAAGAAUACCUCUGCAAGUACGCGGUCCCGUGCCUCAUAGGAAUCUCCCGCGCAUUUGGGCGUUACAGCAACACGGAAGAGUCCCUCCUGUCCAGGCUCUUCCCCAGAGUCCCUCCUCAUUCCCUCCACGUCCCCGAGGAGCUGGAAGGUGUGCGGAGGCGGUCCUUCAACGACUUCCGCUCCAUCCUCCCCAGCAACCUGCUGGCGGUGUGUCAGGAGGGCACCCUGAAGAGGAAGGCCAGCAGCGUGUCCAGCAUCUCGCAGGUCAGCCCUGAACGAGGGGUGCCCCCUCCCAGCUCCCCUGGAGGAUCCACCUUUCACUACUUCGAAGCCUCUUACUUACCUGAUGGGAGUGCCCCGGAGCCCGACUACUACUUCUCCACCAUCAGCUCCAGCUUCUCCGUUUCUCCUCUUUUCAAUGGCAUCACUUACAAGGAGUUCAGUAUUCCCCUGGAGAUGCUCCGGGAACUCAUAAACCUGGUGAAGAAGAUUGUUGAGGAGCCUGUUCUCAAGUCCCUGGACGCAGUCGUAGCCAGCGUGACAGAGGCCAACCCCAGCGCCGACCUCUACUACAGCACGUUCAGCGACCCCCUCUACGUGGCCACAUUCAAGAUGCUGCGGGACACUCUGUACUACAUGAAAGACCUGCCCACCUCCUUUGUGAAGGAGGUCCAUGACUUCGUGCUGGAGCAGUUCAACACCAGCCAGGGGGAGCUCCAGAAGAUCCUGCACGACGUGGACCGGACCCACAGUGAGCUGAGCCCCCUGAAGCUGCGCUGCCAGGCCAGUGCCGCCUGCGUGGACCUCAUGGUGUGGGCUGUGAAGGACGAGCAGGGUGCAGAGAAUCUGUGCAUCAAGCUGUCUGAGAAGCUGCAGUCCAAGACAUCCAGCAAGGUCAUCAUUGCUCACCUGCCCUUGCUCAUCUGCUGUCUGCAGGGCCUGGGCCGCCUGUGCGAGAGGUUCCCGGUGGUGGUGCACUCGGUGACGCCAUCCCUGCGGGACUUUCUGGUGGUCCCGUCCCCCGUGCUGGUGAAGCUGUACAAGUGCCACAGUCAGUACCACACAGUUGCCGGCAAUGAUAUAAAAAUCAGCGUAACCAACGAGCAUUCCGAGUCAACCCUGAACGUGGCGUCGGGGAAGAAGAGCCAGCCGUCCAUGUACGAGCAGCUGCGGGACAUUGCCAUUGACAACGUCUGCAGGUGCCUGAAGGCUGGCUUGACUGUGGACGCAGUGAUCGUGGAGGCCUUCCUGGCCAGCCUCUCCAACCGGCUCUAUAUCUCCCAGGAGAGCGACAAGGAUGCUCACCUGAUUCCGGACCACACCAUCCGAGCCUUGGGCCACAUCGCAGUGGCCCUGAGGGACACCCCAAAGGUCAUGGAGCCGAUCCUGCAGAUCCUACAGCAGAAGUUCUGCCAGCCCCCCUCCCCCCUUGACGUGCUCAUCAUCGACCAGCUUGGCUGCCUGGUCAUCACCGGAAACCAAUACAUUUACCAGGAGGUGUGGAAUCUCUUCCAGCAGAUCAGCGUGAAGGCCAGCUCUGUUGUGUACUCUGCCACCAAGGAUUACAAGGACCACGGCUACAGGCACUGCUCGCUGGCUGUGAUCAAUGCCCUGGCCAACAUCGCGGCCAACAUCCAGGAUGAGCACCUGGUGGACGAGCUGCUCAUGAACCUGCUGGAGCUGUUUGUGCAGCUGGGGCUGGAGGGCAAGCGGGCCAGCGAGAGGGCCAGCGAGAAGGGGCCCGCCCUGAAGGCCUCCAGCAGCGCGGGGAACCUGGGCGUCCUCAUCCCUGUGAUCGCUGUGCUCACCCGGCGGUUGCCGCCCAUCAAAGAAGCGAAGCCACGGUUGCAGAAGCUCUUCCGGGAUUUCUGGCUCUAUUCCGUGCUGAUGGGAUUCGCCGUGGAGGGGUCAGGACUCUGGCCGGAAGAGUGGUACGAGGGCGUCUGUGAAAUAGCCACCAAGUCCCCCCUGCUCACCUUUCCCAGCAAAGAGCCCCUGCGGUCUGUCCUCCAGUACAACUCAGCCAUGAAGAACGACACAGUCACCCCCGCCGAGCUGAGCGAGCUCCGUAGCACCAUCAUCAACCUGCUGGACCCGGCCCCCGAGGUGUCUGCCCUCAUCAACAAGCUGGACUUCGCCAUGUCCACCUACCUUCUGUCCGUUUACCGGCUGGAGUACAUGAGGGUCCUGCGCUCGACAGAUCCUGACCGCUUCCAGGUAAUGUUCUGCUACUUUGAGGAUAAAGCUAUUCAGAAAGACAAAUCUGGGAUGAUGCAGUGCGUGAUCGCCGUUGCCGACAAGGUGUUCGACGCCUUCCUGAACAUGAUGGCAGAUAAAGCCAAGACCAAGGAGAACGAGGAGGAGCUGGAGCGCCAUGCGCAGUUCCUGCUGGUGAACUUCAACCACAUCCACAAGCGCAUCCGGAGGGUGGCCGACAAGUACCUGUCCGGGCUGGUGGACAAGUUCCCCCACUUGCUCUGGAGCGGGACGGUGCUGAAGACCAUGCUGGACAUCCUGCAGACCCUGUCGCUGUCGCUGAGCGCUGAUAUUCACAAGGACCAGCCUUACUACGACAUUCCGGACGCCCCCUAUCGCAUUACCGUUCCCGACACCUGCGAAGCGCGAGAGAGCAUCGUCAAGGACUUCGCUGCGCGCUGUGCGAUGAUCCUGCAGGAGGCCAUGAAGUGGGCACCCACGGUCACCAAGUCUCACCUACAGGAAUACCUGAACAAACACCAGAACUGGGUGUCGGGGCUGUCGCAGCACACGGGGCUGGCCAUGGCCACCGAGAGCAUCCUUCAGUUUGCCAGCUACAACAAGCAGAACACCACCCUUGGGGCGACUCAGCUCACGGAGCGGCCAGCCUGCGUGAAGAAGGACUACUCCAACUUCAUGGCAUCCCUCAACCUGCGCAACCGCUACGCAGGCGAGGUGUACGGGAUGAUCCGCUUCUCAGACGCCACAGGCCAGACGUCUGACCUGAACAAGAUGAUGGUCCAGGAGCUGAAGGCAGCAUUGGGCGCGGGUGACCCUCAGCACUACACAGAGGCCAUGUUCAAGCUGACGGCCAUGCUCAUCAGCAGCAAAGACUGUGACCCGCAGCUCCUCCAUCACCUGUGCUGGGGUCCCCUCCAGAUGUUCAACGAGCACGGCAUGGAGACGGCCCUGGCCUGCUGGGAGUGGCUGCUGGCCGGCAAGAACGGAGUGGAAGUGCCGUUCAUGCGGGAGAUGGCGGGGGCCUGGCAGAUGACAGUGGAGCAGAAGUUCGGCCUGUUUUCUGCGGAGAUAAAGGAAGCAGACCCCCUGGCUGCGUCGGAAGCCAGUCAGCCCAAACCCUGUGCCCCCGAGGUGACCCCUCACUGCAUCUGGAUCGAUUUCCUGGUGCAGCGGUUCGAGAUUGCCAAGUACUGCAGCUCUGACCAGGUGGAGAUCUUCUCCAGCCUACUGCAGCGGUCCAUGUCUCUGAGCAUCGGGGGCACUGCGGGGAGCAUGAACCGGCAUGUGGCGGCCAUCGGGCCCCGCUUCAAGCUGCUGACCCUCGGCCUGACCCUCCUGCACGCGGACGUGCUUCCCAAUGCGACCAUCCGCAACGUGCUCCGCGAGAAGAUCUACUCCACUGCCUUCGACUACUUCAGUUGUCCCCCAAAGUUCCCUACGCAGGGAGAGAAGAGGCUGCGUGAGGACAUAAGCAUAAUGAUUAAGUUCUGGACCGCCAUGUUCUCAGAUAAGAAGUACCUGACCGCCAGCCAGCUCGUUCCCCCAGAUAACCAGGACACCCGGAGCAACCUGGACAUAGCGGUCGGCUCACGCCAGCAGGCUACACAGGGCUGGAUCAACACCUACCCGCUGUCUAGCGGCAUGUCCACCAUCUCCAAGAAGUCAGGCAUGUCCAAGAAGACCAACCGGGGCUCCCAGCUGCACAAGUACUACAUGAAGCGCCGGACGCUGCUGCUGUCCCUGCUGGCCACUGAGAUCGAGCGUCUCAUCACGUGGUACAACCCACUGUCAGCCCCGGAGCUAGAGCUGGACCAGGCCGGAGAGAGCAGCGUGGCCAACUGGAGGUCCAAGUACAUCAGCCUGAGCGAGAAGCAGUGGAAGGACAAUGUGAACCUCGCCUGGAACAUCUCUCCUCAUCUGGCCGUGCAACUGCCAGCCAGGUUCAAAAACACAGAAGCUAUCGGCAACGAGGUGACCCGUCUGGUUCGCUUGGACCCAGGAGCCGUUAGUGACAUCCCCGAAGCCAUCAAGUUCCUGGUCACCUGGCACACCAUUGACGCCGAUGCCCCCGAGCUCAGCCAUGUGCUGUGCUGGGCGCCCGCAGACCCGCCCACAGGCCUGUCCUACUUCUCCAGCAUGUACCCGCCGCACCCGCUCACAGCGCAGUACGGGGUCAAAGUCCUACGGUCCUUCCCGCCGGAUGCCAUCCUGUUCUACAUCCCCCAGAUCGUGCAGGCCCUCAGGUAUGACAAGAUGGGCUAUGUGCGGGAGUAUAUUCUGUGGGCGGCAUCCAAGUCCCAGCUCCUGGCACACCAAUUCAUCUGGAACAUGAAGACGAACAUCUAUGUGGAUGAAGAGGGGCACCAGAAAGACCCUGACAUUGGCGACCUCCUGGAGCAGCUGGUGAAAGAGAUCACAAGCUCCCUGUCCGGCCCGGCCAAGGACUUCUACCAGCGGGAAUUCGACUUCUUCAACAAGAUCACUAACGUGUCAGCCAUCAUCAAGCCCUACCCUAAAGGUGACGAGAGGAAGAGGGCUUGUCUGUCGGCUCUGUCUGAAGUGAAGGUGCAGCCUGGCUGCUACCUGCCCAGCAACCCCGAGGCCAUCGUGCUGGACAUCGACUACAAGUCCGGGACGCCCAUGCAGAGCGCUGCAAAGGCCCCGUAUUUGGCUAAGUUCAAGGUGAAACGAUGCGGAGUUAGUGAACUUGAGAAGGAAGGUCUGCGGUGCUGCUCAGACUCCGAGGAUGAGGGCAGCACACAGGAGGCCGAUGGCCAGAAAAUCUCCUGGCAAGCAGCCAUCUUCAAAGUGGGAGACGACUGCCGGCAGGACAUGCUGGCCCUGCAGAUCAUCGACCUCUUCAAAAACAUCUUCCAGCUGGUUGGCCUGGAUCUCUUUGUCUUCCCGUACCGGGUGGUGGCCACCGCCCCUGGGUGCGGGGUGAUCGAGUGCAUCCCUGACUGUACCUCUCGGGACCAGCUGGGCCGCCAGACCGACUUUGGCAUGUACGACUAUUUCACGCGCCAGUACGGGGAUGAGUCCACGCUGGCCUUCCAGCAGGCGCGCUAUAACUUCAUCCGCAGCAUGGCUGCCUACAGCCUCCUGCUGUUCCUGCUGCAGAUCAAGGACCGGCACAACGGCAACAUCAUGCUGGACAAGAAGGGCCACAUCAUCCACAUCGACUUUGGCUUCAUGUUUGAAAGCUCCCCGGGUGGCAACCUCGGCUGGGAACCAGACAUCAAGCUGACAGACGAGAUGGUGAUGAUCAUGGGGGGCAAGAUGGAGGCCACCCCCUUCAAGUGGUUCAUGGAGAUGUGUGUCCGCGGCUACCUGGCCGUGCGGCCCUACAUGGACGCCGUUGUCUCUCUGGUCACUCUCAUGCUGGACACGGGCCUUCCCUGCUUCCGCGGCCAGACAAUCAAGCUCUUGAAGCACAGGUUCAGCCCCAACAUGACAGAGCGAGAGGCCGCAAAUUUCAUCCUGAAGGUCAUUCAGAGCUGCUUCCUCAGCAACAGGAGCCGGACCUAUGACAUGAUCCAGUACUAUCAGAACGACAUCCCCUACUGAGGGGCAGAGUGCCGCAAUCACUGCCUGCUGCUGCACACGGCCUGCCACUUCAUCCGAUGGACAGAUGGGCUGAGAUGCCCCUGCAGAGCCCAGCAACCCGCUGCCUCCCGAGGUGUCGCCUACAUGGCCCGUGUGGCUGGAAUGACAAUCAGAGCCAGUCUCUGCACAGGUGUGAGCUAUGCUUGCACUGGACACAUUCCCUGCCUGUCUUGUCUCAGAGGUACAUGAAGUAUUUUCUUGUGUAUAAAAAAUGGAAAAAUUAUAUUUAACCUAAGAUUCAACCAACGUAAACAAAAUAAAAACAAAAAAACUGCGUUGGA